AUGUACGAAGCUGUUGCCACGGCCGCUGCUGCUGCUGCUGCUGACGUGAUGGCGACAAAUGAAGGGGCGGGAGGGGUGGAAGCAUUGAGAGAAGUGGAAGCAGUGGUGGUGGCAGGAGGGGAGGCAGACGUAGUCGUGGAAGGGGAGGAGUCGGAAGGGGAACGGGAUGCGGAAGCGGAAGAGGAUGAGGAGGAGGUUGAGGAGGAGGAGGAGGAGGAGGAGGAGGAGGAGGAGGAGGAGGAGGAGGAGGAGGAGGAGGAGGAGGAGGAGGAGGAGGAGGAGGAGGAGGAGGAAGCGGAGGUCAAGCACCCCGCGUCAUUCCCCGAGCCCCCCGCAAAGCAGCUCUCAGUGCGCCGGUUCCGCCCCCAUCGCCCCCGCGCUGCUCCGCGCGCACCCCCCGCGCCCCCUCCCCGCCUGCCCGACUGCGCAUUCCCCCCUGCCCCCCCCUCCGCCUCGAGGUCCUGCCCCAGCGCAUCGGCUCCGCGCUGGUUCCGGGCGCGUCCCGCCUCGAGACUCCUCCGUCCACAGGGCUGCCUCCUCCUGCUCUUUUGUUUUCGGGCUGCCCGUGAUUUCUGGCCGAAGCAGCGGCAGGGCAGCCAGGCGCAGGUUCAGCUGGGGGAGGCUCACCCGCCCUCUGAAACGCGCCCGCGUUUUACACUCUAG